CCCAGCUACCGUCUCGCGUCCCCUCCCCUUGUGCCUUUCAAAUCCUGGUGUGUUUUGAGUCGACUCCAAGCGCAUCUUGCCUAUCAUCCGAGCCGUCUUAGCAGCUGCCAUCUCGCGUCACCCCCCCCGCUGUCUUUCAUCACCUCUGCGGUGUUCCUCUCGCCUCACCUCUGACCCUCUAUCUGCUCCCCUUGUCCCUCCAUCCAUGCCCUUGCUGCGGCGUGUACAGGGAAUGGAGAAGAAGUUCAGGUGGAGACUAGGGCAGUAUGUGGCCAUCUUGACUCGACUCGUCCCACAAGUUCUCCCUUUUCCGACCCCCCUUGUCUUUCCAUCCUCUAUCCUGGUGUUUCCUUGCUGCGUGUAAAGGGAAUGGAGAAGAAGUUCAGGUGGAGGCUAAGGCAGUAUGUGGGCACCUGGUGCUGCGUGAACGCACAGCCAGGCCAUAUCUGGUAUGAUUUCUUUAACGAUGAGAUCCCAGGGUGGAAGCCACGGCCACCUGCCAAUUGGACAGAGGACCACCCGCCAUGGGGCAAGGACCAGCCCGGUGCCUCAUGGCUAGCACGGGCCCUGUGGCGGUGGUUCUCAUGAGGUGGCUCUCGUGCUACAUGGAGAGUGGACUGGCUAAUGGGACAGAGGACCAUCUGCCACAGGACCAACCGGGUGGGUUAUGACUAGCACAGGCGGUCUGGCGGUUGCUUUCUUGAGAAGCCUCAAGUGACACGCAAGGGGGGGAACCAGCCGACUGGCCAGAGGACCACCUGCCUUUGGGCAAGGACCAACUGGUGCCUAGUGGCUGCCCUCGGCACUAGGGCAGUCGUUUCUCCAAGGGGCCAUGAUUUCGUCUCAUGGGAGAAAGCCUAACGGACAGAACGCACCCACCUUAAGGCUCAGAUGAACUCGGUACCAGGGCUGACGUUUCAAAAAAACGCCCGAGCUGUCGAGAACUUUUUUUUUAAAAACCCUGAUGGCCUUGUGUGUACAAUCUGACCUCCCUGAUAACCUAGUGUUCAGGAAACAACUCUCAGAGUUAGAAUUAUUGAGUAGAAUGGGAGAAAACAGGGGCAUAUAGCUAGUGGAUUGUACUCUCUAUGGCAUGACCCUAUUGUCAAACAUGUGUAGUUAUCAUGUUUGUAUAGACUGUAUAGGGUCACCUUCUAG